AUGUCAGGGAACACUUCGGAGUUGGAAGAAGAAGCUCACAAGUACUUGCCUCUUAAUAGAGAGGAGGUUGCUGUUCUGGAGUCCCAUCUCGAGCAAUGGGACAACACUUCGGGUAAAGACAGAAACAAGGUCUGGAAGGACACCACUACGGAGGCUCGGCUGAAGGCGCCCAAGAUGAAUCCUGCCAAGCUGAGGUCAACAAAGCCUAAGGAUAUGAAAGCCCCUAUCAAUCAUGGAAGAAAGUGGACGUACCGGACGGUGGUUGGCGCUCUCUGGAAGAAGGAGAUUCUGAAGAAGAUUGAGGAUGAAACUGGUGUGAAGGCUGGGGAAAAGGAUAUGAUGAAGUAUUACUCUAAGUAUCUUGCGGACAUGGUGAAUUCUCUCACUGAGAUUGAGGUGGAGGAAGCUACCGAGAAGUCUGUAGAGUGGAACAAACAGGGAGUUCCUCCCGAUGCAGGAAUGCGGCUGUUCAUACUGUCAGCUUGGAAAGGUGAAGAAGGAAAACUAAUGGUCUUGAGUUUUACCAACACUCACGACUGGAAGGAUAUAGUGCCAGAAUGGAAGUUUUAUGUGUCCAAACAGUUCGACAAGACAUAUGUCCUAAAGAUAGGGGAUGACGGGUUUCCUGUCCUUCCAGACCAUACACAGAUGGAUUCAGACACCUAUAAGGCGGUCGUCCGAGCCUUCUUGAAUUGGCAUUAUCAGGAUUGCACGGGAUGGCCAAAAGAGGUGGUGCCAUGGAAGGAAGUAAUACCGAGGCAGGAGGAGCUUAUCCCACCGCCAUAUCUUCCCGAUGGAAGACAACUUUGGGAGCCCUCUUGGAUAAACAGACAAGAGGCCACUGACCAAGAUGCAACAUUUGAGUUCAACGGGUGGUGGAGUAAAUCUGACAAGGAAAUCAAAUCUCCCGUAAGAUGGCCUAAGGAGUGUGAUCAAGAUUGUGAGGAUGAAGAGCUGCCAAAACCGGUCAGGAGGUAUGCAGAAUGGGCGGUCAUCCAAUCAGAUAGUUCGGGCGAUGAUGACGACACACCUCGGACAUGGACACACAUGGCUGAACAAAGAAGUAGGCAGCCGAUCAUGAAGUCGCGAGGUAAAACAAAACCUGAGAAGGCUUCUGGAUCAUCAAACAGUCGUCAAGAAUUUGCAUGGGAGUUGGUUGGAGGGGAUGUGGUAUCCAAUAUCACAACCAGACAGCCAGCAAAAACGCGCCUCGCACAAUCCACUGCAUUGCAUAGUGUCUCAGAAGCUGCAGACAUGACACUGGGAGUGGGAGUGCCAGAGCCAUCGGCUUCCCAAGCACCGCCAAUGCCUUUAGACAAUCCUCGGAGGGUAGGACCGGCAUCUCAUCCUGGGGGGAAAUUACGAAAGAAUUCAGCUGAGCGCUCGGACAAUGUUAACAAGGAAGCGGGUUCUAAAUAUACUGCCGAUAAACCGGAUUGCGGGAGGCGACACGGUCCCAAAGACGGGCUAGAACAACCGAAGGAGAAAAGAGUUCAGUUGAACACCAAAGGUCGUAAAUGUCCUGCCGAGAAUGCAUGGGAUGACUUCCCCGUGAAACGCACAAGAAGCAAGGCAUCAGAUCUCCUUCCCAAAAGAUCCAAGAAGCCGAACUCCAGAUAUGCAGCAAAGUGCAUCAGGUCAUAA